GAGACUAGUUGUGUGCGUGGAACCACAACCAUGGCUCUCAUUUAUGUUACAGUUCUCUGCUUGGUGGCUCUGGUGUCAUCUGUUGAGUUAGAUGUUAAAGAUCAGCCUAGUGUCAUUCGUGCUGGGAGGACUUAUGCAUCGCGAAAUUACACCUCAAUCCUUUCAGUGCCAAAUGGAGAGAAAUUUGGGAACUGGAUGUGGUCAGAGUUGUGUCCUGAGAAAUUCUAUGCCACUGGAUUCAGCCUAAGGAUCGAACCUAACCAGUACGGAAGCGAUGACACGGCUCUGAACGGAAUCCGACUGUUCUGCGUCCAAAAUGAAGACCGUCGCUUCAUCUACAGUGUGGAGUCCCAUACCGGACAUUUUGGUGAGUGGACAGAUCCUCAGUGGUGCCCUUCUGGUACAUUGAGCUCGUUCCAGCUGCGUGUGGAGCCUCACCAGGGCAUCUUUGGUGACGACACGGCCGCCAACAACGUCCGCUUCCGUUGUAGCUCCAACCCGACGCUGGAGGGCCGUGGCAUGACCUGGGGCGAAUACGGAGCGUGGAGUAGUGACUGUCGCAACGGGGGCAUCUGUGGCAUCCAGACCAAGAUGGAGCUGUACCAAGGCGGACUGGACGACUCGUCACUCAACGAUGUGCGUUUCCACUGCUGCACUCACACGCAGAAGUGAGAUCGGAUUGGGCGCUAAUCGGAUUUCUGUUGAGGGAAAUCUGUUUUUUUUUGUUUUUCAGAGGUGAAAGAAUGAUAUGAUGUCAUUGUUCUGAUAAAUAUCAGGAUGUGCUUUUCUCAGAGUUGCAAUGGUGACACUUCUGUGACAGUUUGACUAUCUUCGAUUCCCAAUUAGAUGAUUGGAUGUAAAAAUAAAUUCGUGUCAUUCAUAUGGAA